AUGUCGUCCCCGAACACGGCGAUCACAUAUGGUCCUAGCGUCGACGAGCUGCUUGAACGCAAUAAGCAAUAUGCUGCUGGUCACCAGCCUAUUCCAUCUUUGAUGGCUCGGAUGAGGAAUGAUCCCAAGGCGUAUGGGCCUCAUGUGGUAAUUGUGUCAUGCUUUGACUCUCGCGCCAAUCCGAUGAACUUUUUCAACAUCGCGAUCCGAGAAUGCCUUGUCCUGCGCAACGUGGGAGGCCGCUUCGCCUCGGCUGCAGGUGAUCUCGCCGCGCUCGACACUCUCUUCCACGUUUCUCAAAUCAUCCUCGUCCACCACAGCAACUGUGGCGCUUCGCACGUCACCAAGCAGCAGGUUCUUGAGGGGGUUCACCAGAAGAGACCAGAUUUUAAGGGGUCUGUGGAGCUUGAAGAGAGAUUGCCGAUGAAAGAAGACAACCAUAUUUCGUUGUUGGAAGAUUUUGAAAGGGUCAAGAUGUGCGGGUUCCUAAGAAAGGAUCUGGUCGAUGGCGUUGUCGGCUUGUGGCUCGAUGUUGAGACUGGGCUGGUGAAGAGGGUGUAUCCUGAGGAUAGAUAA